UAAUCUCUCAAAAUGACUAUUCAAAAUCAACCAGCUGUCUUUUACGUUAAUGCCGCUUUAUUCGAUUGUGAUGGUACUUUAGUUAACUCUACUGGUGCUAUUUCUGAAUUCUGGAGAGACUUUGGUAAAACUAGACCUCAUGUUAACCCAGAAGAAAUCAUUAGAACCUCUCAUGGUUGUCGUACUUUUGAUGUUAUUGCUAAAUGGUCUCCAGAAGAUGCCAUUGAAGAACAAGUUACUCAAUGGGAAGGUGAUAUUCCUGAUUCUUUUGGUCAAUACGCUAAACCAAUUCCUGGUGCUGUUGAAUUAGUUAAAUCUUUUGAUAAUUUUUCCAAAGAAGAAACUGAAAAUGCUAAACAAAGAUGGGCCAUUGUUACUUCUGGUACUUUACCUUUAGCCACCAAAUGGUUAAAAUUAUUAACUAUCCAAAAACCAGACUGUUUUAUCACUGCUGAAAAAGUUACUAAAGGUAAACCUCAUCCAAUGGGUUACCAAUCCGCUAGAAACACUCUUGGUUACGAAGAUUCAAAUAAAAAAGUUGUUGUUUUUGAAGAUGCUCCAGCUGGUAUCACUGCCGGUAAAGGUGCUGGUGCCAUGGUUGUUGGUAUCUGUUCUACUUAUGAUCCAGAAAAAGUUAGAAAAUCUGGUGCUGAUAUCGUUGUUGACGAUUUAACUUCUUUUAAGAUUGAAUCUUAUAAUAAAGAAACUGAUGAAUUUAAAGUUGUUGUUUCUGAUUAUCAUUUUGCAAAUGAUGAAUUUUUACAAUCUGUUUAAUUUUCAUAUUUAAUUUUUUCAUUUCAUUUUUGGGUUUGUUUGUCUUUUUUUCAUAAUUUUAUAGAGUUCACCC